GUGAAAAGCUAAAGAUGAGUUUGCGCGUUGGUUUACCAGCCCCUUUGUUCAAAUGCGAGGCAGUCAUGCCAGAUGGCUCCUUCAAGGAAAUUUCGCUCUCUGACUACCUCGGCAAGAAGUACGUCUGUCUCUUCUUCUACCCAUUGGACUUUACAUUUGUCUGCCCUACUGAGAUUGUAGCCUUCAACGACGCCGUUGCUCAGUUUGAAGCCCGCAAUGUUCAGAUUUUGGGAUGCUCUGUCGACUCCAAGUUCGCUCAUUUGGCAUGGAGAAACACCCCAAGGGACAAGGCCGGAAUUGGAAACGUCAAGUUCCCAAUUCUCUCCGACAUCACCAAGGAGCUCUCCACCCUCUAUGACGUACUCAUGCCAGAAGCCGGAAUCUCACUUAGAGGAUUGUUCUUGAUCGAUAAGAAGGGCGUCCUUCAGCAUUCACUUGUCAACAACUUGCCACUCGGAAGAAAUGUAAACGAGGUCUUGAGGCUUGUAGAUGCUCUCCAAAACUUUGAAACCAAGGGAGAGGUUUGCCCAGCAAACUGGAAAUUGGGUGAGAAGAGCAUGCCACCCACCACCGAAGGGGUCAUUGCCCACCUCACCACGAAACUGGCAUAGAAUUAGUUUCAAAGUUUGAAUUUAUAACUGGUUUG